AGCGGCUGUGGGUGUGGGAUUGUUUAGUGAACCGCUCCUUCUCCACUCAAAUUCUUUGAUUCUGCUCUUCUUUUUUUCGUUGUUAUCGAAUUCUCUGAUUCAAGGAUUCUCAGGAAAAGGGAAAAAGGAAAGAGAAAUGGCCAGGAAGUUCUUCAUCGGAGGCAACUGGAAAUGCAAUGGAACAAACGAGGAGACGAAGAAAAUUGUGAGCACGUUGAAUCAAGCUGAAAUUCCUUCAGAAGAUGUUGUGGAAGUUGUUGUGAGUCCACCUUUUGUGUUUCUUUCGCUGGUUAAGAGUUUGCUGAGGUCUGAUAUUCAAGUUGCAGCACAGAACUGUUGGGUUCGCAAGGGUGGUGCUUUUACUGGAGAAAUUAGUGCUGAGAUGCUCGUCAAUUUAGGGAUUCCCUGGGUUAUUAUUGGGCAUUCUGAAAGAAGGCUUCUUUUGAACGAAUCCAACGAGUUUGUAGGAGAUAAAGUUGCAUAUGCACUUUCUCAAGGCAUUAAAGUCAUUGCUUGUGUUGGAGAGACUCUUGAGCAGCGAGAAUCAGGAUCAACAUUGGACGUUGUUGCAGCACAAACUAAAGCAAUUGCAGAUAAAAUUUCUCAUUGGGACAAUGUUGUCUUGGCUUACGAGCCAGUGUGGGCUAUCGGAACAGGGAAAGUUGCAACCCCUGCACAGGCUCAGGAAGUCCAUUCUGAAUUGAGGAAAUGGUUUCACAAGAAUGUUAGUGCUGAAGUUGCUGAGUCGAUUAGAAUUAUAUAUGGAGGUUCUGUAAAUGGUGCAAACUGCAAAGAACUGGCAGCACAACCUGACUUGGAUGGAUUUUUGGUUGGAGGAGCUUCGGUUAAGCCCGAAUUUGUUGACAUCAUCAACUCUGCCACAGUGAAGAAAUCUGCAUGAAUCGCUCAAGAACGAGAACGAGAUAGUUCGAUCUUCCUUUAGGUAACCGGGUAUGUUGCAGGAAUUGUUGUUUGCUUGAGCAAUAAAGUUUUACACCCAAUGCUGUUGUAUAAUAAUCACUUUGUAUUCUCUUCUUUUUUAUGCUUUUUAACAUAAAUUCGGCAUGGUUGAGGUCAA